ACUUUUAUCUUAAAAUUGCAGCUCAGGUGCAGAUAAUGCGUUAAAUAGUAUAAUAAUAACAUCAAUACACUAUCGUGCGCAUAUAAUAAUAAUAAUAAUAAUAAUAAUAAUAAUCAGAAUAUUAAGUCUUUGAAUCUUUGUUAUUAUUUGUACUUUUUAAGCCCAGAUGAAGCCGAAAUAACAAUACGUUUUCGAAAGCGAAUGCACGGUUUAUUCAAAUGAAAGCGUUGCUGUCUCUGAUUUAACACGCAAAUACCUAUGUAAUGUAGAACUACACCUCCCACAAUGCACUGCGCACGCCCACCAGACAGAGCGGGGUCAGGGGGGGCGCGUCGCCAUGGCAGCGGCUGGUUGUGACAUCAGCGCCAUUUUGCUUGAGUGUUGUGAUGGAAGCAGCGAGAAAAUCAGAAUCCCACAGAAAAACACCGAAAAUCGGACGCGAAUCCGGAGCAGAAGAAGCAGAUUCGGUGAAUCAGACCGCGUCGCGUAGAGACUCGCACACAAUCUGGACAGAAGUCGGAGCGAUCUGCGAUAAUAGGUGUGUCGCUGCAUCAUGUGACUCUUCCCGUCCCUCGUCAGCAUGAGCGGUGCGUCCGUGUCUCCGUCUGGACUCUGAUGAUGAUGAUGUACGGGCUGAUUCCCCAGGAGUUACACGCACAGCUCCUGGACCUCCAGAACUAUCAGAGCCGGACCAGCGGCGUGGAGGAGCUGAAGAACAUCCUCCUGGAGCUGGAUCUCCAGCAGCUCUCCUCCGCCAGCAUCCUGGACUUCAUACAGUUCUUACGCAAGCUCCUGGACGACAGCAACUUCAGGGUCCUGUGCGGAGCGCUGCAGCUCAUCAACCUGCUGAUCCAGAAGCUGGAGAGCCAUGUGGAGCGCUAUUAUAAGGAGAUCGUGAGCGUGACGGUGCGAGCGCUGGGCGACUCCCGUAGCGUGACGCGGCUCGAGUACAUGAACGUCUUCAGGCAGCUGAUGAGGACGGUGGGGCCGCAGAAGGUCCUGGAUCUGCUGGUGUGUCAGCUCAAGCACAGGAACUCCAGGGUUCGAGAGGACGUCAUCAACAUCAUCACGGCGGCCCUGCUCACACACCCGCGCAAGGACUUCGAUAUCCCCGGCCUGUGUGUGGAAGCGGCGCCGGCGCUCGCCGACAGCAAGAGGAAGGUGCGUCACGCGGCUCUGGAGCUCUUCGCCGUCUUGGACUACUGUCUGGACACGGGUCAGAAGCAGCCGCUCGUGAAGGCCGUGGAUGGAGUGGAGCUGGCCGGAGACGCAGAGGGCCUGAUGGCUGCUGUACAGGCGCGGAGAGCACGACACAUCCUCCCUCGACUCGCUCCCGACGGAUCCCUGGAGUACGCACUCGCUCUUCCUAAACCGGCACAGAGACGGACGCCUCAGCUGGGCUCCGGGGCCGAUCUGGACUGGGUUCUGAACGGAGGCCGGGCUCACAGCUCUCGCUCAGACGGGGAUCUGACGGAGCAGAGGAGGAUGGUGAGCGCCGGGAAAGGGAAGAACAAGCUGCCCUGGGAGAGAUCUGCCCUCUCUGUGGAGCUCCAGAGCAACGGAGCGUCACCUGAUCAGGUCAGCAGUGAAGAUCCGUCCUCCUCUGUUAAACGCCGUCAGGACACUGGAGCCAAAUACAGUCCAUCAGAGGCUCUGACCCGCAGGUCACGGGGUCGACUGCGCCGCAGCGGGAGCUUGGACUCGGAUCCAGACCUGUUCAAAGACCCCCAUCCGUCCGAGUCUGAGAGAGGUUUGUCCAAGACGAGUGGUUUCCUGUCGGCCGGCGCUGAGCGAGCAUCUCCAGGCUCGUUUCUGCUGCCCUCGUACCCGCUGACCUCUCUAACAGGAAGUGUGCUGACCCCGACCUUACCACGCAGAAACCACGCUGACCCCACGCUGUCCAUGUCCAACACAUGGCCCAACAAACGUGAAAUCAGCCCUCACCGCAGGAGUGACAUCACUGGUGAGGUGAGCUCCAGGAAGCGUUCUCCGCUGCCUCCUCGAGCUGAACGUGCCUCAUCCCUCCGUCAGAGCCCAAACACCAGCAGACCCUUGUCACUGGACACACACCUGCACCUGGAUCUGUCGGUCAGCAGCGGCGCAGGAGAGCCAGAGGACGAGCCGCUGGACCGCGAGGAGAUGCUGAACUCCUUGCGCUCGUUGAGGAACAGCGCUGCUAGGAAGCGGGCCAAGGUCAGCGCGAGCGGCUCUGAGCCGGAUCCAGACAGUCCGGACUCGGCGGUGAAGCUGGAGCUGGUUCCUGAUUCUCCGGAGCACACGUCUCCAUCCGUCAGCAGUCCUCUGAGCGAGAGCGGCCUGUGCUCUCCUCCGUCUCCCAGCGGCACCAAGAGCAGCCCUGUGGAGUCUGCGGUGAAGCCACGAGUGUCUUCAGGAAGACGUGUCCCAGCAGACACCAGCGCUCGAGGUGAGACGCAGCAGGACAAGAGUCUCUCCGAUGGGAAUGUGAGUGUGAUCGGUCAGAGACUCGUUUACUCGAACAGAUCGUUAGAUCCAGACGAGGAGAAGCCCAGCGACAUGACAUCAUCAUCUUCAUCAUCCUCAUCAUCACCUCAGAUCAGAGCCGCCGGCCGCCAGCCGCUCCGUGCUCUCAGACCCGCUAGAGGAUCUCAGCAGCGAGUGUCCUGCAGUCGAGUGAUGUCGGAGGGCGUGAUCGGGCGAGGAGUGUUCGCUUCCGCUGUCCUGUCCAGUCGUUCUCCUGAGCAGGGUGACCCGGCCGGUCAGAGCCCCCGUGAGCCUCCGUCAGGUGUGUACGGACACGUCUUGACCAGCGCCCUCCUCCAGUCUGACGCCUGUCCUGAACCAGAGAGAGUCAGGAGCUGGAGUCUGGAGCAGCAGGACACACCCCCCGCUCGCCGCGUGCCCAUCGGUGAUGUGAAAGAUGUGAGUCUGAACGGUUGUGAGUGGCUCUCAGAUGAAUCUCCCUCCAGCCCGACUGAACCACAGAACACAGGGAGACGCCCGAGCCCCGCCCCCCCGACCGGCCCGCCCAAUAGGAACACAGCACCCCGACUGAGACGAGCGUCGAGUUUGAACCGCACCAGACCCCCUGCGUCUCACAGCUCCGAUGAGCUGACCCCUGUGAGUCUGAAGAAGGAGGGUCAGGAUCCGGCUGACCUGCGUCCCUUCUCUAAACCGGAGCUGGCGCUGACGCAGAGCUUCAGACUGAUGUCCUCAGACGACUGGGAGAAGAAGAUCGAGGGGAUGACCUUCCUGCGUAGUUUGGCUCAGUAUCAUCCUGACGUCCUGAUGAGCCGGAUCCAUGACGUGUGCCUCGCUCUCGUUCAGGAGGUUCGUAACCUGCGCUCCGGCGUGUCCCGUGUGGCAGUGGUGACGCUGGGAGAGAUGUUCGCGGCGCUGCAGAAGGGAAUGGAUCAGGAGCUGGACGGGACGGUCCGAGCUCUGCUGCAGAAAGCUGGAGAAUGUAACGCCUUCAUCAGACAGGACGUGGAGCGAGCGCUGGACAGCAUGAUGAAGAACUGCUCUCUCACACGCAGCAUGAGCGCACUGCUGACCGGAGGACUGGGUCAUCUGAACUCAGUAGUGCGUAAGUGUGCGGCGCAGCGUCUCUGUGCUCUUCUGGAGCGGGUCGGAGCCGCUCGUCUGCUGUCCGGAGCUAAAGAUGUGACCGAGCGCAUCCUGCCGGCCGUCUGGAAGCUGGUGCAGGACUCGUCUCAGGAGGCCAGGUACUUCGGGCGACGCAUGCUGCUGUUUCUGUCCUCUCACCGUGACUUUGAUAAAAUGCUGGAGAAGUUCAUCUCUGCUAAAGACCUGCCGGCCGUCAGAGACACUGUCUUCACUCUCAAAACCAAGGGUCUGGGCGAGAUGCCUCAGGACGCUCCGUCGGCGCGGGGCAGGCUCUCUCUCUCCGGCGGGGUGGUGAAGCGCACCUCGUCUGUCACGCGUGAUCCUCUGAGCAGCAGCAGGGACUGUGUGCAGGCGGGAGGUAAAGCAGCCGUCCACAGCCUCGCUGACCGGAGCGAGUACGUCACACAGAUGAAGACGCUGCUCAACUCCAAAGACUUCAGGGAGAGAAUCAAGGCCAUCGAUCAGCUGGUGUGUGACUGCGAGGAGAACCCAGCUCUGGUCAUCAGCAACCUGUUCCCGGUGUUUGACGCUCUGAAGGCCCGUCUGCAGGAGUCGAACAGUAAGGUGAAUCUGCGUGCUCUGGAGGCUCUUCAGCCCAUCGUGGCUCUGCUCAGAGACAGUCUGGCUCCGGUGCUCAACAUCCUGGUCCCGGCCGUCGUGGACAAUCACCUGAACUCCAAGAGCAGCAGCAUCUCCUCGGCGGCGCAGGGGGCCGUCCAGGCUCUGAUGAACAACAUCGACAACAGCCUCCUGCUGCAGCCCUUCUGCUCCAGAGCCCAGUAUCUGAGCGGGAAGGCCAAGCUGGAGCUCAUCCAGAGAGUCGCAGAGCUGGUGACGGAGCUGUACCCGCGCAGACCGCAGCUGGUGGAGCAGAAGGUGCUUCCUCUCUUCUGGACGCUGCUCAGCUCUUCCUCUAACAGUGGACAGGUGCGGCCGGCCGCAGUGAAGCUAGCUGAAGCGCUGCACACACACAUGGGUCAGACGCUGCUGGAGAACACACAGUCCUCAGACGUGCAGAGCGAGCUGAAGCAGCUCCUGAGAGCCGCAGGUCCUGACCGAUGAUGAGCUGUGUCUCGUGUGUGUGUGUGUGUGUGUGUGUGACCUGCACACACACACUCACUGAUGUUGUCUUGUACCGUGUGCUCUGAUCAUUUCUCCCAGAUCUGUGUGUUGUGCAGGAUUUACACCAGACUUGUGUCCUGUAUAACGCAGUAUUAGCUGUACAGUGAAUAUAUUUCCUGAAUAUUGACUUCAUUAUGGCCUGUUUUAAGUGUGACCCGUCCUAGUUUUUUUGCAUGACCAAAUUAAUUGUUGAGCUUAAAAAAAAAAAAAAAGGAGGAAAAGCAGCUUUUUGAGCUUGAAGGAUGUGUGUCCUGUGUUUCGGUGAAUGAGAAGCUUUAUUGGAGAGUAACACGGGUCAGCUCGUGUCCAGAUCUAGUUCUUCGUUUAGUGCCAGUCACUCCACAACAGCCUUGAUGAGAUUUCACUUUAAAUUAUAUCAGAGACAGAGAUUUAUCUAUAUAAUAAAGUGUCUUAUUUCUGUAAA